AGAAGGGUGUACCCUUCUUCCGCGAAAACCUCGAGAACCGUGAGGACUGUUGCUUCGUUGCACCAAAGAGUGCAUCGACUUGCCAUGUUCCCUUCUCUUCUGCGCCGCUCAACUGCUGUGGGCUACAUUGCUCGUGCCAAAGCACAUGGCGCCCAGAGUUUGUUGGGACCUUUUCAGAGCACCGGCGAACGCUUUGAUCAUCUCCUGCGAGGGGUGGUUGAUGGGGUCUUUCUUUUACACCAGGCCGUUUCCAGCCAUGGCACCGCAGGCAUGGACUGCGUGAAGGUCGAAGAUGGCCAUGUUGAGUGUCAAAUUCCCAUCACGGAAGCCUUGCAAAACUCCUACGGCACUUUGCAUGGCGGCUGCACUGCCACCAUUGUGGACGUUCUGGGGACCAUGGCCUUGUUGACCAAGGACGCGACGCGGCCCGGCGUCAGCGUGGAGAUGAGCCAGAGCUUCUUGGCGCCUGCCAAGGGCGGCGAGGUGAUUGUGGCGCGUGGGGAGGUGGUGAAGUAUGGCCGGGCAUUGGGCUUUACUGAGGUGAGACUCUUCGAUGCCAAGGGCAAGCUCUUGGCCACGGGGAAACACACCAAAGCCUUUCCCAGCUGAGAGGAUGCAACUGCCUAAGAGGAGGACAAUGCUCGGCAAGUUCUUUGUUCAUUCCACCAUGGAGACUUGGAAUCGCUUCCUCAUCGCUUAGCCUUCAGCACUCCAAAGGACAAAAAGAAGCCACAGGCUGCCGC